AUGGGUUACACGCACUAUUAUGCCAUACAUGUCUGGGAUACUCCUGAAUGGCAAAAGGCCUGGGGCCAGCUCAUCCAAGAUGUCCCCAACAUCAUCAAAGAAGCCCGGGUUCCUCUCAGUGGCCCAAUCGAGGAUGAAGACGAGAUCACACCAGUGGUUGUGGACUCCGAGAAAGGCAUAUACCUGAACGGGGUUGGAAGAAAUGCCCAUGAACCCUUCAUACUGUGCAAGCCGGGCAAGUGGACUUUCUGCAAGACUGCUCGAAAGCCAUAUGAUGUUGUCGUCACAUCUCUCCUUCUCAGGAUUUGGAUGCUGGCACCGAAGAACCUGGAUCUUGGCUCUGAUGGUGGCUAUGAAGACUGGGCCGAUGCGCGUGACCUCUGUGCCACCUUGUGGCCUGGAGAGCCGAUCGAUGCCAUGUGGGCACAGGGUGAUGAGGAAAAUGACGAAGCCAAAGAUGAAAGUGACCAAGCCAAUUAA